CUGCUGGGAGUAACAGGACACACAAGCAGUUGGAGGGCCGCCAGUAUAAUGAUAGUGAGUGAAUGUUAGAGGGGAUAUGUGAGCGGCAUGUGGCUGUAGGAGGAUGCUAGGAGGCCGCAGACUGGAGUUGCUAGUGAGUCGCAUUGCGUUCCUUUGGUGCCAGGCAGCUACAGGGAAUCCGCCGCACCGACUCGCAGGCAACACGGAGGCCGCACACAGAACCGGGAAGUAGAGUUAUGGCUCGGCCACUGCGGGUACUGGAGCUGUACAGCGGGAUUGGCGGGAUGCACUGCGGCCUGACAGAAAGUGGUGUCGCUGCUGAAGUCGUGGCUGCAGUUGAUGUGAAUACAAUUGCAAAUGAAGUCUACAAAUACAACUUUCCCUAUACACCUUUAUGGCCAAAGUCUAUUGAGGGACUAAGCCUAAAAGAGCUUGAUGCUUUGUCCUUUGAUAUGAUCCUUAUGAGCCCUCCUUGCCAGCCAUUCACAAGGAUAGGUUUGCAGGGUGACAUUUCUGAUCCUAGAACAAAGAGCUUCCUUUAUGUUCUUGACGUACUUCCAAGGCUAAAGAAACAACCUGCCUAUAUCCUGUUAGAGAAUGUAAAAGGAUUUGAGACAUCUGAAGCCAGGGAAGCCUUGAUUAGAACAUUGGAAAAGGGUGGCUAUGCCUACCAGGAGUUCCUGUUAUCACCAACAUGUCUUGGGAUUCCCAAUUCAAGACUGCGCUACUUCCUGAUUGCAAAGCUACAAAAGGAACCAUUUGCCUUCCCAACCACCAGUAAAAUACUUGAGGAGUUUCCAAGCCAGUGCCCUGGAAGUAAGAGGAUUAUUCAUUGUUCAGAAAGUAACCCACAAGCACGUGUGGAGCAGAAAUAUUCAAGUUGCCCUCUUAGUGGCACAGACUGUGACCCAGAGAAGACCGUUCUUUACAAGCUGGAGACUGCCGUAGAGCUGCAGAGAAAACAAACCCAGGACAAUGACUCCUCUGUUAGAAUGUUACAAGACUUUCUUGAGGGGAAUGUCGAGGAGAUGAGCCAGUAUUUUCUGCCCCCAAAGUCUUUAUUGCGAUACGCUUUGAUUCUGGACAUUGUUAAACCCACGUGCAGACGAUCGACUUGCUUUACUAAAGGAUAUGGGCAUUAUGUUGAAGGCACAGGCUCUGUUCUUCAGACAGCUACUGAUGUGGAGAUUGAUACUGUUUAUAAGUCCCUGGAUCUGCUGACUGAAGAGGAGAAACUUGCAAAGCUGUCCUCACUAAAAAUGCGAUAUUUUACCCCGAGAGAGAUAUCAAAUCUUCAUGGAUUUCCAGCAACAUUUGGUUUUCCAGAAGAGGUAACAAAAAAACAACGCUACCGGCUGCUCGGGAACAGUCUCAAUGUACAUAUUGUGUCCUGUCUCAUCAGCACUCUUCUUCAGUCUCCCUAAACAACUGAUCUGCUAUUUACAUGUUAAUAAUGUACAGAAACAGAGAUUAUCAGAUUGCAUUGUUGUAACGCUAAUAAACAAUUUUUAUAUAUUUCAUGACAUA